GAGUCCAGGCGAGCCAAAAUCUAAAGACUCUUCGCUCCUGCCUUUGCUGCCCUUUGACACCAACUUCCACCAUGACCCAGCGUUCCUCUGUGACCAUCAAAUCUGGGGGCACACGGAACUUCAGUGCCUCCUCAGCCAGCAUGCUGCCUGGCUGUCGGCCCGGUUUCAGCUCUUUCUCCAUGUCCCAGAGCGGGAAGAGUUUUGGAGGCAGCUUUGGGGGUGGUUUUGGGACAAGAAGCCUACACAGUUUUGGGGGUAACAAGAGAAUCUCCAUCAGUGGGGGCUACCGCUCCAGCCAGGCCAGCUUUGGAGGUGCUGCCUGUGGGUUAGGUGUCGGCGGCAUAGGGUACAGAGUUGGGGGAGCCUAUGGUGGGUAUGGAUUUGGAGGUGGGAUGGCCCCUGGAGCUGGAGGCAUCCAUGAAGUGACAGUCAACCAGAGUCUCCUUACCCCCCUGCACCUGGAAAUCGACCCAUCUCUCCAGCGGGUUCGAAAGGAGGAGAAGGAGCAGAUCAAGACCCUCAACAACAAGUUCGCCUCCUUCAUAGACAAGGUGCGGUUCCUGGAACAGCAGAACAAAGUCCUAGAGACCAAAUGGAGCCUGCUGCAGGACCACAAAACCACCAGGACCAACUUGGAGCCCAUGUUUGAAUCCUACAUCGCUAACCUGAGGCGCCAGCUGGAGUGUCUGGGAGGAGAGCGGGGCAGGCUGGAGACGGAGCUGAAGAGCAUGCAAGAUGUGGUGGAGGACUUCAAGAACAAGUACGAAGAGGAAAUCCACAAACGCACAACGGCAGAGAAUGAGUUUGUAGUACUCAAAAAAGAUGUGGAUGCUGCCUAUAUGAACAAGGUGGAGCUAGAAGCCAAGGUGGAUGCCCUGAUGGACGAGAUCAAUUUCCUGAGAGCUUUCUAUGAGGCGGAGCUGGCUCAGCUUCAGGCUCAGAUCUCUGAGACCUCUGUGGUUCUCUCCAUGGACAACAACCGCAGCCUGGACCUAAACAGCAUCAUUGCCGAGGUCAAGGCCCAGUAUGAGGACAUUGCCAACCGCAGUCGGGCAGAGGCUGAGUCCUGGUACCAGACCAAGUAUGAGGAGCUGCAGCGGUCUGCCGGCCAGCAUGGGGAUGACCUCCGUACUACUAAGAUGGAGAUCUCUGAGCUGAAUAGGGCCAUGCAGAGGCUGCGUUCUGAGAUUGACAACCUGAAGAAGCAGUGUGCCACACUCCAGGCUUCCAUCGCUGAUGCCGAGCAGCGUGGGGAGCUGGCACUCAAAGAUGCCAAGCACAAGCUGGCAGAGCUGGAGGAGGCCCUGCAGAAGGCCAAGCAGGACAUGGCGCGGCAGCUGCGCGAGUACCAGGAGCUCAUGAAUGUCAAGCUGGCCCUGGACAUCGAGAUCGCCACCUACCGCAAGCUGCUGGAGGGCGAGGAGUGCAGGCUCACUGGAGAAGGCGUUGGUGCUGUGAACAUCUCUGUGGUCUCUUCCUCCGGGGGCACAGGCUACAGUGGAGGUGGCGGCCUCUGCAUGAGUGGCGGCAAUUACAGUAGAGGUGGCUACAGUAGCAGUGGCCACUGCUAUGGUGGCGGUGGGAGUGGCGGUUUUAGCUCCACCAGCGGUCGCAGUAUGAGUGGCAGCAGCUCAAGCAUGCGGAUUGUCUCCAAGACAUCAUCCAGCAAGACGAGUUACAGGAGCUAACGUGCUACCUGCCUUGCCACUGUUCCCAGUCCCCAGCUCCCAGCUAAGGCCUGAUGCUUAGUUAUGCUCACCAUCCCCAGCGAGAGACACUGACACCAAGUGGCCUGUGAGUUUUAGGUCACCUUGUCCAUCUUCUGCCUCCAAGCAGGCCUUCCAGUGACACCCCACCCAUUGUUCAUCUCAAAGUCCUCCCUUACCCACACUGACCCAACUGUUCUAGGCCAGGCCUUUGCCCCUAAGCAGUAGGGGUUGCAGAAGUCCUCCUCUUGUCACAAGAAGUCCUCCUCAACCUGCUUGUGCUCUACAAUCUCAAGGGGUUUUUCUUACUCAGUCCUCCAUGAGAAUUUGACCUUGGUGGCUCAGAGUCACCUUUCAUUGUGUGUUUCCCAGCCUCUGAGGUGACUCUGAGUUGGGAGGAUCAUCCAUCCCUCGUCCUGGCUUUCUAAGCACUCAGGGCAGAGCCAGACAGGAAGCUGGAGGAGAAAGGCGGAUCUUUGCAGCUUUCUCUUGCUCCGGGGCACAGGGACACAGGUAGCAGAGGAGAAGUGGGGGACAUAGGAAAGGAGCUGCAUGGAAGGUUUGGGAGCUGGUCUUCACAGUGGCGUCAUCUGAAGAAUUGUGGGCCCUCAAAUAUCUGUUAUGAGUUCAAGACCAAAAUAUUCCCCAAAGGCAAUUAGGCUAUCCGCUGCUGUGAUGUAUGUAAAGGAAGCUAACAGCUCUAGAGGAGCAGCCGCAACAACUGAGCUGCUCACUGCUCUUCUGCGUGCCUUUUUCCUGCUUCAAUAAAACGCCUUUGAGCACCCUA